AUGGCGGCGACGGACGUGAAAACGGACGAGGAAAAUAUUUUUAACAAAAUGCUUGAGGAUAUUAAUAAAGAGAUGAAUAUUGAACAUAAUAAUGUAACUGUUAAAAAAGGCGUAUAUAAAGAGCUCAAUACAACUUUAAAUGCAGAAGAUUUUAGCGAUAAGCACUAUGAAAAAACUAGAUACAGCGCACUGAGAGAUUCUAUCCUUGAAGACGUAAAAGGUGAGAUAAACACUCUUAUCUCAAAUCAAAUUUCAAAACUUGUCAAUAAUUGUUCAGUUGCUCAUAAGGUCGACCAAACGGAUAAACUGGAAUCAAAUUUAUUAAAAGAAAUUCAGUUUUUGCGACAAGAAAUACAAAUUAAUAAAAAAAAUAUAAAUAGAAGCACAAUCAUUAGCAACAACAAUGAAGCUGUUAGUCGCCAUAACAACCAAAGCUUUGUUCAUCGAAAUCGAUUUGAACAUCUGUAUAAUGAGAAUAAUGAUCACUCUGAAAUAACAGAAAGUUUUAGAGGUGAUACUUAUAAUAAUAAUAACUUUAUACAUAAUAAUGAGGAACUAAUUGUACAUAAUAAUGAAGACAAAAUUGUACAUAAUAAUAAAGAAAACACUUCAACAAAAAGUCAAUCACUUAAUAACGCUAAUAACAUUAUUAACACUAAAAAAAUUACAUGUAUACUAGGAGACAGUAUAAUAAAAGGCAUCAACGGUUACAAGAUGACCAAAUCCCUUGAGUACAACCAAAACAAGAGAGUUAUACUAAAAUCCUUUCCUGGAGCUACGACAGAAGACAUGUAUGAAUACGUCAAACCAACCAUGAAGAAAAAGCCAGAUAACAUCAUCCUUUAUGUUGGCACAAAUGAUCUUUCUAGAAACGUAGCACCAGAGGUUAUAGCUAACGAUAUAAUUAAUUUAGCAACAUCAUUGAUUUACUCGAAUGUCUGA